AUGAGUCCCGUUCAGAAUUUCGAGCAACAUUCUCGCCAUCUUGUUGAGUCAGACCUCACUGUUCAGGCGAGGUUGCAAAUGGUGAUGGAGGUUAGGGAUAGUCUUGAAAUUGCUCAUACUGCUGAGUAUUUGAAUUUUUUGAAGUGUUAUUUUCGGGCCUUCUCUGGGAUACUACUGCAAAUUAUAAAGCCACAGUUUGUGGACAAUCCUGAACAUAAGCUUAGGAAUAUUGUGGUUGAGAUAUUGAAUAGGCUACCACACAGUGAAGUUCGUCGGCCUUUUGUACAAGACCUCUUGAAGGUUGCUAUGCAGGUGCUUACAACGGAUAAUGAAGAAAAUGGGUUGAUUUGUAUUCGUAUAAUCUUUGAUCUUUUGAGGAACUUUAGGCCGACUUUAGAAAAUGAAGUCCAGCCUUUUCUGGACUUUGUAUGCAAGAUUUACCAAAAUUUUAAAUUGAUUGUUAGUCAUUUCUUUGAGAACAUGGCAAUGACAGGGGAGGAUGUCAAGCCGAUUGAUAACUCACUUUCGGAUCAAGGUAUAAACCCUGCUACUGCCACUGGCUCGCAGCUCAAUCCAAGUACCUGUUCAUUCAAGAUAGUCACGGAGAGUCCACUGGCGGUGAUGUGUCUGUUUCAAUUGUAUAGUCAUUUUGUCCAAGCAAAUAUUCCUCAAUUAUUGCCUUUGAUGGUUACUGCUAUAUCGGUUCCUGGCCCUGAAAGGGUUCCUCCUCAUUUGAGAACUCAUUUCACUGAACUCAAAAAGCAAGGGGAUCCAAUUGAGGAGCGCUACAAAGAACACACAGACAGAGAUGCAGUAAUUGAGCAGCUUGUCUAUUGUAUCAAUAGUUACGGAGAAGUUGCAGAAGUUGCAAUGUCUAAUGAUCCCAAAUUUGAUCAUAUUGAUAUCAACGAGGAACAGAAGGUCCUGAAUGAAUGCGGAGAAGCUGAGAACUGGCUUAGAGAGAAGAAGCAACAACAAAGUUUGCUUCCAAAAUGUGCUGCCCCGUCCUCUUGUCAGCUGAUAUAA